AUGCCUAGAAAACGUGUUAAUAAAUCGCCUCCUGUUGAAAAGCGUACAGAUGAUGCUGACGACGAUGAUUUCUUUUUCGAUGAUAGUCAAUCAAACUCAGGUCGCAGUUCUCAAGAACCACAACAUAGAAAUGCGGCCAAUGCACGGGAGCGAGCUAGAAUGAGGGUGCUCUCCAAAGCAUUUUGCAGAUUGAAGACUACACUGCCGUGGGUGCCAGCAGACACAAAGCUAUCUAAACUGGAUACGCUGCGUCUGGCGUCAUCGUACAUAGCACACUUGCGCGCAUUGCUGCACGAGCCGAGAUCUGCGCACACACCGCCACAUCCACUGAGCCUGGCAUGGCCAUUCGCGUUCCAACAUGGAGGAACGCUUAGUUGCGCGAUAUCGCAAAGAUGGAACAUAAAUCCUUCAGUGAACGACUCGUCAGGGUGUCGGAAUAAUAUUCAACCUCCCCGAAGUAACACCCAGGAUGUCAACUGCAGCGAAGCUUACAGUCAAGAAUAUCCAGAGAAUGAAUACGAGGAUCGAUGCUACGAUGAUAUGACGACGAACGAAUCGAUGCAAUACUGCAAUUAUGGUUAUAAAGAAAAUUUUUAUGACGUCAGAAAUGGAUACUCUUCUGAUAGUUUGAUUAAUAAUGGAUAA